ACUAAGUAAGUAGCACUAAAGCUAUAUAUAAACACCAAUUUCAAUCACCCAAGGGAAUAAACACAGAGCAAAACAUCACAAGAGAAACCAAAGCAAAGCUAAAAGAGAAUAAAGAUGUAUUCUGAAGUCUUCCAAGAACAUUUCAUCUCCAGAAAGUUGCUUCAGCAACUGCCAUUUGAUCACAACAUGCACCAACAAGAAGCUCAUGUACCUGACAAGAACAACUUGAGCGGCAACGUUCUCAUGGUUCUAUCUAUCCUUGUCUGCGGUAUCAUCGGCUCCCUCGGGUUGCAUUACGUAAUCGGUUGCAUAUUCAGACGUUCCUCGAGUUUCAUGAUCGCUGAUCCCAUCUCUAGCCCGUCCACACCACGUGGCUCAGCAACAGCAAACAAAGGGAUCAAGAAGAAAGCUCUAAAGAUGUUCCCGGUAACAAAAUACUCACCUGAGAUGAACCUCUCAGGGCUAGGUGAGGAGUGUGUCAUUUGCUUGUCUGAUUUCGUAGCUGGAGAACAGGUACGGCUGCUUCCAAAGUGUAAUCAUGGCUUCCACGUUCGCUGCAUCGACAAGUGGCUUAAGCAGCAUGUGACUUGUCCGAAAUGCAGACACUGUCUGGUUGAGACAUGCCAAAAGAUCUUAGGCGAUGAAGCUGAUCAGGUUGUAGCAACACCAACGGAGAUGAUAUAUGUCAUGAUUGCUCCUCUUGAACGUGAAGCAAGAGUAAACACUUAUAGAGAAAACAGCUAGAGUACGCCAACAAAAAAUUAGAUUUGAACACAGUUUAUGUUCCUAGACAAUAGGAUUCCAAAGUCAAGAUACAAUGGAGCUUUUUAUUUUUUUAUUUUUUUCUUGAAACCCAAAAUGCAAAGAGGAUUUAUCUUAA